CUCCAGAAAGAAGAAGGGGCUAGUCCAAGGUCACGUAGCGAGCCAGGGACAGAUUGGGAUUCGAACCCGUGUCCUCUAGCCGCCCCCCCCCGCCCCCCAACCCAGGGAUUUUCUCUCUCUCCAUCCCCACCCCACCCCGCUUUCUCCCUCCUGCAAAAUGCGGAAGGGGAAGGGGCAGGCUCUGGGAAGUUGCCCCCAAGCCCUCCCGCUUCUCCUCCCCAAGCGCGAAGAUUGGGGGCCCCGGAUCCCGAAGUGUGGCCCCUGACAUCCAUCCCGGCGAGCCGGCGCGGCUUCCGGCCCUGCGGGGGGGUGGGGCGGAGGGCUGGGGAGAAACCCAGAGGCUAACUCUGCGGUGGGAGGGAGGCUGCCCUGGGCAGCCUUCUUCCCCUUGCCAAAGAGCACGGGGAGCUCUCCCUCCUCCCCAAACUUCUCCCACCCCUGCUUUCAGCACGAGGCAUCUUGAACCACCUGUGUGUCCUUGGCCAAGUAAGGCAACCUUUCUCUUCUAUAAAGGGUGCUCCCUGAAAUCCUAUGAUAUCAAGGUCCUCCUCUGCGGAGUCCCUCUGCUCCUCCCCAGAGAAGUGUAAGUCGCCUGAAGUCCUCUGCCAUGGCGGAGUUAGACCCGUGACUUUCCAGGCUGACCCUAGGACAAGGGGUGUGACAGGACACUGUGACCCGGACAGGUGGGGGAGAACUGAGAAAAAACUUGGGAAAAGGAGAAGGUCCAGCAGCAAGAAGCAGAGGGGACUUGUUAAACCAAUUUCACCAGGCAAGAAGGGUGGAUCAUUGGGAAUGUUGCAGCAGAGUUUUAUCCAGGGGUCCAAUGCAUAUCCCAGCUCCCUCCCAAUUCCGAGAAUCUGAGCAUCAGCGUAUUCCCCCUCCAAUACCUACCUCCCGAUUUGCAUCACCUAACCAGCUCACUCACUCGGGCUGCUCAGCUGCGGGAGGUACGGGAGGUGCUAGUCUUAAGGGCUGACCGGACUGGUUGGGUGGCAUCCUGACUCCAUCUGAUGAUGCCGACCUUCAGACGGCAUUAGUCUGCUCACCCUUUCUAUGGCUGUUAAUUGGGGCUGCACCUUGAUAGCACAGAUCUAGUCUCUCACCUUCCAUUGGAUUGUUCUGUCAGAAUGAAAUAUCUUCAAUAGGUUGUGGCAUUUGGGGCACAGUGGGAUUGGGUGAGUCUGCCAAGAGCAGGCAUUUCUUUGUUAAGGAAUUUUUUUUAGAAAGAAAAAUGUGCUAAAAAGGCUUGGCUAAAAAAUUAGUGAAUAGGUCACUUCAUUUUUCUCUUGCUUCUGAAAUGAACUGAGAUUUAGCAGAAGAAAGCUUACUGUUCUGUCUGAAGCUAUCUGUUUCCAUCUUUCCAGGUGGCAUUAAUUAUCUGUCAUCUUGCCUCUAUCCCAGUUUCUGCUUUCUGACAAGAGGACAGUGCCAAAGCAGUUGGGUUGACCUGUGGGCUUCCAUGAGUUUCUGUGGAUGGAUAGCUGUGAGGCGGUUUGGGAGGAAUUCCAUGUGGGUUAGCAGCUGGCAUAGAAAGCUGAUAUAGAGAGACAACUCAGCCAUAUAGAACUGGUGGGGUAGCAUGGAGAAGGGAGACAGGGGCAGAUAGGAAAAUGACAAACUAUUAGAGUCUUGGUCAUACCCUUCAGACUAGGAAACAGAUUUGUGUUCUUUCUUAUGGAAACCGCUGUAAAGCACCAACAGAGGAAGGAAUCUGAGGCUCUUUGGUUGACUAAGCUAAUGACUUUCUGUAUAUUUCUAAGCAAAUGCUUCCCCUUUAACUACCUCAGUUUCUCUACCAAAAAAAUGGAAGAAAAAAAUUAUCGAGAAUUUCCAGGGCUGAGCUCUGCUCUAAUUUCAGUUCAAUCUAACAAAUAUUUACUGUUCCCUUUUCUCUAUGCUUCCCAUGGUGCAGUAGAAAGCUGAAUUUGUAAUGAGAGGGCCCGAGUUCAAAUCAUCUCAGCUCUGCUACCAACUAGCUAUACAAAAGUCAUUUUUAACUUUUCCAAGUUUUACUUUCCUCAUCUAUAAAAUGAGAGACUUGGCUCAGUGAUUUUAAGGUCAUUUCCAAUAUAAUCUAUAUGAUCCUCUGAACCAUUUUGGACACCAGGUAAUAGAAGUUAAAAAAAAAAAGUGAGAAUGUAUUGUCCCUUCCUCUUUCUAGGUUACCUAUGUUCAGUGUAGAAGAAAUCAGUAGAAGUUUGGAAGGAGGACCAUUUCAAUUCCAUCACUGAACUUACCCCACAUGGUGUAUGGCUAGAUAACUAAAAAAGAACCUUAUGAAGCUUGUGUUGCUGCUAUACUUAAAUGGGACAGGAGUGUUCUCCUUAGUUAACCCUUUGUGGCUGAUCAGAAAUCUGGCCUGAAAUGGAACUGGCGAGAAUAAGAGCCCCAGCUGCAGACUUUGACUCUCUCAGGAAGCGCUUGAGUGGACUGCGUUGUCAGAAUCUUAAGAAUGAUUAACCCCCAGUUAGGCUGAAGUCAUCUUCACUGAAUCAAAACACCUCCCUUGGACUCAUUGAUGGAGUUAUAACCUCCCUCAUUUGGGCCUCUGGUGAACCUUUUCUUUUCCCCUUCAAUUUCCUCCAUCCCUAAUCAUUUCUGAUGAACAUCCCUGAGAUCCUGAGCCUUCCCGGCAUGGCGAGCCCAGCCCUCAGCCCUGACUCCUCUUCCCAUGAGGCCCUUUCAGGCCCUGCCUGUUCCCCCACCUCAGAUUCUGAGAACCUCAGCCCAGAUGAACUGGAGUUAUUAGCUAAACUAGAGGAACAGAAUCGGCUUCUGGAGGCUGACUCCAAGUCGAUGCGUUCCAUGAAUGGUUCUCGGCGAAACAGCGGCUCUUCCUUGGUCUCCAGCUCCUCGGCCUCUUCCAACCUUAGCCACCUGGAAGAGGACACUUGGAUUCUCUGGGGCCGAAUUGUUAAUGAAUGGGAGGAGUGGCGACGCAAAAAAGAAAAGUUGCUCAAGGAGCUGAUCCGGAAAGGCAUCCCUCACCACUUCCGUGCCAUUGUGUGGCAGCUUCUCUGCAGUGCCACCGACAUGCCAGUGAAGAACCAGUACUCUGAACUACUCAAAAUGUCGUCUCCUUGUGAGAAACUGAUCCGCCGGGACAUCGCCCGGACCUACCCCGAGCAUGAGUUCUUCAAGGGGCAGGACAGUCUGGGCCAGGAGGUCCUCUUCAACGUCAUGAAGGCCUACUCCCUAGUCGACCGAGAGGUGGGCUACUGUCAGGGCAGCGCCUUCAUCGUCGGCCUGCUCCUGAUGCAGAUGCCUGAGGAGGAGGCGUUCUGUGUAUUUGUGCGGUUGAUGCAGGAAUAUCGUCUACGGGAACUUUUUAAGCCCAGCAUGGCUGAGCUAGGGCUCUGUAUAUACCAGUUUGAGUACAUGUUACAGGAGCAGCUUCCAGACUUGAACAUUCACUUUCGAUCUCAGAGCUUCCAUACUUCCAUGUAUGCUUCAUCCUGGUUCCUCACACUCUUCCUCACAACCUUUCCUUUGCCAAUUGCCACCCGAGUCUUCGACAUCUUUAUGUACGAGGGACUGGAAAUUGUGUUCCGGGUGGGUCUGGCCCUGCUGCAGGUGAACCAGAUGGAGCUGAUGCAGCUGGACAUGGAGGGCAUGUCACAAUACUUCCAAAAGGUGAUACCCCAUCAGUUUGAUAGCUGUCCUGACAAGCUGAUUCUCAAGGCCUACCAGGUCAAGUACAAUCCCAAGAAGAUGAAAAGGUUGGAGAAGGAAUAUGCUGCCAUCAAAAACAAAGAGAUGGAGGAGCAGAUAGAGAUCAAAAGGCUACGGACAGAGAACCGGCUCCUGAAGCAGCGGAUUGAGACACUAGAGAAGGGGCAGGUCACCAGAGCCCAAGAGGCCGAGGAGAACUAUGUCAUCAAAAGGGAGUUAGCUGUGGUGAAGCAGCAGUGCAGCUCAGCCACUGAGAACCUCCAAAAGGCUCAGAGCACCAUCCGGCAGCUCCAGGAGCAGCAGGAUAAUCCUCGCUUAACAGAAGAGUUUGUGGCCCAUCUGGAGACAGAACUAGAGCAAUCUCGAAUGCGUGAAACAGAGACCCUGAGUGCCCUCCGAGAGAUGCAGGACAAAGUCCUGGACAUGGAGAAGAGGAACAACUCGCUUCCUGAUGAGAACAAUGUGGCCCGGCUACAGGAAGAACUAAAAGGCCUAAAACUUCGGGAGAGUGAGGCCGUGGCCUCCCUUCGGGAGCUGAAAUUGCAGGUUCAGGAGCUCACAGACAGCUGGCAGGCCCACCUCUCCCGGGGAGGGAGAUGGAAGGAGUCUCCCCGGAAGCUGGCCCUUAGUGACCUACAGGAUGAACUGAUGACCGUCCGGCUGCGAGAGGCCCAUGCUCUGGCUGAAGGGAGGGAGCUGCGGCAGCGAGUGGUGGAGCUGGAGACACAGGACCAGAUCCAUCGAAACUUGCUGAACCGUGUAGAAGCAGAGAGUGCAGGCCUGCAGGAAAAACUCCAUUACCUCGUGGCUCAGAACAAAGGCCUGCAGACCCAACUGAGUGAGAGCAAACGCAAGCAUGCUGAGGCUGAGUGUAAGAGCAAGGAGGAGGUGAUGGCAGUAAGGCUCAGGGAGGCAGACAGCAUGGCUGCUGUGGCAGAGAUGAGGCAGCGGAUCGCAGAGCUGGAGAUUCAGAGAGAAGAAGGUAUGAUCCAAGGACAGCUCAACCACUCCGACUCCUCCCAGUACAUCCGUGAGCUCAAGGAUCAGAUUGACGAACUCAAGGCCGAGGUUCGGCUACUGAAGGGCCCGCCCCCAUUUGAGGACCCCUUGGCAUUCGACAGCCUCCAUUUGGUGCGUCAUUUGGAUGAGGACUCUCUGCCCUCCUCCGAUGAGGAGCUCCUGGGGGUGGGGGUGGGGGCAGCGCUGCAGGACGCCCUGUAUCCUCUCUCCCCCCGGGAUGCCCGGUUCUUCCGCCGACUAGACCGCCCUGCCAAGGACAGUGAGGGCAGCACGGACAGCGAAGCUGAUGAGCUGGCCCCUUCCUAUGGCCAGAGCCUGGGUAACUGAGGAAUGACUGUCUCCUUGGCCCGCCCCAUCUGGGGCCCAGACCUCUCAUGUUUGGGGGGUAGGAGGGCAGGCUCUCCCCAACCUCCAUUCAGCGUUCUUCCUGGAGGGGCUGUCCCCUCCCUACCAGGACAAGAGGGAGUGGGGCACAUCUGGGUGUGCCUGCCCCUCCACAGAGUGCAUCAGAACAUCUACCUUGAGUGUUGUCUACACUGCCCUCUCCCAGGGGCACCUGUGAUUCACUGUAUUUAAACUCAGCUCCAUUCUGUGGCUCCCUUCCCAUCUCCCACCAUCCUCCUUCCUUUCAGGGGCUCUCUAAGGCAGGGACUGGGAGACUCUGGGAGUCGCAGGCUCCCCUCUGCCUUGGAACACUUCUGUGGUCUCUGAGUUUCUGAUUGUUCCCAGUGUUAUUUAUUUAUCUACAAGAGGGUUGUUUUGUUCUCCUCCCCCAUCCCCGACUGCCCAGGACCAGAAAGCACUGCCGUUCCCUCCCAAGAGAGCAGCACAGGCACUGGGGCAAGGAGGGGCGUAGAGGACCAAUGAUCAGGACUGGCCUCUGAGGCAACUGCUCUCUUCUCCGUCUCCAUUCCCAGGACUAGUCUGUUUUCUCCAGGGACUUGAGAACUAAGGACGCAUAGACUUUCCUGCCCCACCCCAUCCUUGGAGAGGUGCCUCAGAUUAACCAAGUCCCUGCCUGCCAGUUCUGUACCUCCACAUUUGGGGGUUGAUGGGGGAGAUUGGGGAGAGGGUGAGAUUCAGCCAUUAGCAGACCUGACAAAGGAAUCAAGAGCAAAAGAUUCCCUCCUGAGAAAAAAAAAAAAGAGAGACCAGGUCUUGGCAGAUGGGUUAUGGCCAUAGGAGUCCCAGGGCCGUAGCCUAGUGUCAAAGCAAGAAUAGGAUUCUCUUUUCUGUGAUGUAAAAGACCACCAGCUGCCCCUGAGCUACGGCCUCCUCCUCCAGUGAGGCUGACACAAAAGGCUGGCUCACACCCUUGAAGAUACAGAAUGUACAAG